AUGACCGUAGACCGCGACGGUCAAGAAGUCAUCUGGGACACCGGUGCCUCAGAUAAUGUCACUGGGGACAGGUACGCACUGUUUGACUUCACAUUGCUAGAACAACCGAUUGCUGUCAAGGUUGCCACUGACUUGGCGUGUGAUUUCAUCACAGGUACGGGUACUUUGAGAUUUGCCGGGAUGAACAAAAUGACUAUCGCUGUUAAGAAGGUCUAUUACUAUGAUCGAGCAAGGUCCACUCUACUUUCCAUUGCUGCGUUCAAGAAAUCAAAUGCUCAGUUCAAAGUAAACACUAAUUUUGACUCUAUUAAUCUGCUAUCUAGCGACGGAAAAGUUCUCCUCCGAAGCAUAUUCGAUGCGACAAAAAACUCGUGGCCGGUGAUUCGACCUAUGCGCGCUUUCUCUUCCCUUCCCUACUGCCCAUCUACUUUGUUUCCCAACUGUUUCUCACCUGCAAUUGAGGCACAUGCCGUUUUCAAGUCACCUACUCUGGUUGAACAUAGCCAGUUCACAUGGAACGCUGAGGAUCUCACUGCAGAUGAGAAGACCCUCCUUUUUUGGCAUUGGUUGUUCGGACAUGCUAGCCUCAGGAAAAUAAGGAGAAUGGUCAAGCUUCAGCUGGAUAUGGACGUCAGCACUCGGUCCUUCAAAUUGUGUGUCUGUGAAGUAAAGAUUUUAAAAACAAAAGGGGAAGCGGCGGCGAUACUGAUGCAAACCGUAACGCGAUGGGAAACUCAGACCGACAGCAAAUUGAAAAUACUACAAUCUGACAACGGUGGUGAAUUUGACUCAAAAGUCCUUGGGGAUUUCCUCAGUAAGAAAGGUGUCGUGGCUGAACGGUCCUUGCCAUAUCACCAUUUCCAAAAUGGAGCAGCGGAGUGCUACAACCGUACGGUCUCCGACAUGGGACAAAGCAUUCUCUACGACAGUGAAUUGGGACAGAAGACUCCGUAUGAAUGUUUCUUCGGAGACAAACCUCAGCUUGAUAGAACACGGGUUUUUGGGUCCAGAGCCUACGUCCUUGUGGCACCGGAGAAACAAAAGAAAUUGGACGGCCGAGCAGUUGAAGGGCUAGUUGUAGGACACCUGGCGGAGUCGAAAGGCUGGACGUUCUGGCUCCCUGCAACCAAGAAGCUGGUAUCCUCCGCUUGGGCGGAAUUUGGACGCAACGCUCUACCGUCGACCGCGGUCGUGGCGACUUCUGGAGACUUGAAGAAGGCUGAAAUGCUACCAUUGAUCACCAAACCCGCGGCAGAAUCAAGACAUCUGGAGCUGGGUGACUUCACCGAAGAGCGUCGAGUUGAACUCCAAGAAGAGGCAGUUGAUGCGGUAUUAAAGGAUUGUCACAAUGAGUCCAACGAGAUCCCGUCGUCUUUCAAAGAAGCUAUGUGA